CAGCGGCUUCCGGCGGCGGCAGAGCAGGGGCGGCGGGAGCAGCGAGGCAGCGGCAGCCAUGGCGUACCGCGGGCAGGGCCAGAAGGUGCAGAAGGUGAUGGUGCAGCCCAUCAACCUCAUCUUCCGCUACCUGCAGAACAGGUCGAGGAUCCAGGUGUGGCUUUACGAGCAAGUGAACAUGCGGGUAGAAGGCUGCAUCAUCGGCUUUGACGAGUACAUGAAUUUGGUGCUGGACGACGCAGAGGAGAUUCACUCUAAGACAAAAUCAAGGAAACAGCUGGGUCGGAUCAUGUUAAAAGGGGACAACAUCACUCUUCUACAGAGCGUUUCUAACUAGAAUUUGCCAUCCUUAGAACAAAGGUGGCUGCCGUGCUGCGGAGUGACUGAGUGCCAGGGGAACGCGGCCCG